CUGCGAAAGACAGCUCGUCCACUCGCCCCCCCCAACCAACCUUCGCCAUGGCCGAGAAGAUCGACAACCAUCUCGAGGACAGCAAGGCAGUCGAGGUGCGCGAUGCGCCCGCGCCCGAGCAGAAGCGCUUCAAGCUGGGCUCGGUCGGAACCAUCUUUGCGUCCGGCUCGGCCAUGUUCUCGGACGGCUAUGCCAACGCCUCGAUCGGCCCCGUCAACACGAUCCUCACGAUGAUCUACGGCGCCGAGGUCAUGAACAAGCACAACAAGAGCACGCUGAGCGCCAUUGCGUUCGCGGGCAUCAUUAUCGGCCAGCUUUCCUUCGGCUACAUCUCGGACAAGGUCGGCCGCAAGAUUGGUAUGCUCAUCUGCACGUCCAUGAUCUUCGUCUUCCAGAUCCUCGCGGCCUGCUCGGCCGGCCCCCACCCCCAGGUCCUCAUCAACUGUCUCAUUGCUUUCCGCUUCUUCGCCGGUAUCGGUAUCGGCGGCGAGUACCCCUCUGGCUCUGUCGCCGCUGCCGAGGCCACCGAGAACUCGGACGUCAAGAAGUCGCGCCAGCAGCGCCUGUUCGUGUGGGCGACUAACACGAUGCUCGACUUUGCCUUUGCCAUCGCAUGGUUUGUCGCCCUCGUGCUCCUCUGGAUCUUUGGCAUGAACCACCUCCGCGCUGUGUGGCGUGGUAUCCUCCUCCUCGGCGCCAUCCCCCCGCUUGUGCUGCUCAUCGCCCGUCUGUUCAUGGAGGAGCCCGAGGCGUACAAGAAGCACUCGAUGCGCCACACCCGCAUCCCGUACUGGCUCAUCAUUAAGCGCUAUUGGCUCAAGCUCCUCGCCGUCUCCAUCACCUGGUUCAUCUACGACUGGAUCACCUACCCCUUCGGCAUCUACGCCGGCACCAUCACCGACCAGGUCAUCCCCAACCCUACGCUGUACGAGACGCUCGGCUGGGGCUGUCUCAUCAACGCGUUCUACAUCCCCGGCACCGUCGUCGGCUCGUUUGUCGCCGACUACAUUGGCCCCAAGUACGCCAUGAUCACGGGUCUCCUCCUCCAGGCCAUCUUUGGCUUUGCCCUCUCGGGCGGGUACAACAGCCUUACCGCCAACGGCAAGAUUGCCGGCUUCGCCGUCAUGUACGGUCUCUUCCUGUCGUUUGGUGAGCUCGGCCCCGGCAACAACCUUGGUCUCCUCGCCUCCAAGGCCAUCGGCCCCACCGCCGCCCGCGGACAGCUGUACGGCAUCGCCGCGGCGAUCGGCAAGGUUGGCGCCUUCAUCGGCACCUACACCUUCCCGUACAUCCAGGCCGACCUCGACAAGCGCGGCAAGUACCUCUCGAACACGGGUCUCUUCUGGAUCGGUUCCGCCCUCGCCGUCUUCUCCGCCAUCAUCACCUUCCUCUUCAUCCCCAACAUCAAGGUCGACUCCAUGGUCGAGGAGGACCACCUCUUCCGCGAGUACCUCGCCGCCAACGGCUACGACGUCAGCCAGAUCGGCGAGCCCGGAUACACCGAGGCCGAUGUCGCUGCCGGCACUGCCCACCCCGAGCUCGGCCACAAGUAAGCGGUGGACGAGCGGGUAGCGAGCGCAGCCGCCCACACCGUGGCGCGCGCGCGCUUUGUAGUUUGGUUAUAGUUCUCUCUAAUGGGGCCUUUGAUUGGGCCGAUGCACUCUUGUUGCGGUGCGAGCGGCGCGAGCUCCGAGCGAGCAGGUACUUGCUGCGCAUUGCACGUCUCGUCUGCUG